AUGGCGGACCGCGAGAUCGAGGAGCUGGAGGCGGCCAUCAAGGUACGCGGCGCGACCCGCGCCAGCCGCCGCCCCAAGGAUCUCGCCGCCGCCGACAAUCGAUGUCCGCCCGCUUCCUCUCUCACCCCCCAACCCCCCUUCCCCCACUCCCGACAGGCGACCGCCCCGGAGAAGGGCACUAAUCCACUCGCGGUGGCACCGCGUAAGUCAAGCGAGAAGGGCCUCGGCGCCUCCCUCGUCGGGGUGCGCAAGUUCAAGGACAUGCCCCUCUCGGAGGCGACGCAGCGAGGACUCGCGGACGCACGCUUCAAGGAGCUCACCGCCAUCCAGCGCGCGACCAUCCCGCACGCGCUCGCCGGCCGAGACAUCCUCGGUGCCGCCAAAACCGGCAGCGGCAAGACCCUCGCGUUCAUCGUUCCCACCCUGGAGGCCCUCUACCGGGCCAAGUGGGGCCGGCAGGACGGCAUCGGCGGCCUCAUCAUCGCGCCCACGCGCGAGCUCGCCACGCAGAUCUUCCAGCAGCUCGUCGCCGCGGGCAAGCACCACUCCCUCAGCGCGGGUCUCUUGAUCGGGGGUAAGAACGUCAAGGAAGAGAAGGACACGGUGAACAGGAUGAACCUGCUGGUGUGCACCCCGGGAAGGCUCCUGCAGCACAUGGACGAGACUCCAAUGUUCGACUGCGUCUCGCUCAAGGUGUUGGUGCUGGACGAGGCGGACCGUAUCCUGGACUUGGGAUUCCGCGAGACCCUCACCGCCAUCUUGGAAAACCUUCCGAAGAAGGGGAGGCAGACGCUGCUGUUCAGCGCGACGCAGACGAAGAGCGUGAAGGACCUGGCGAGGCUGAGCAUGAGAGACCCGGAGUACCUGGCGGUGCACGCGGAGAGCGCUCACGCGACGCCGCCCAAGCUCUCGCAGAUGGUGGCGACGUGCGAGCUGGACAAGAAGAUGGAGACGAUGUGGGCGUUCAUCAAGUCGCACCUCACGAGCAAGACGCUGGUGUUUCUCAGCUCGUGCAAGCAGGUGCGAUUUGUGCACGAGAUGUUCCGGCGGAUGCGACCGGGCAUCCCCGUCGCGAUGCUCCACGGGCGGAUGAAGCAGAUGAAGCGCAUGGCCACGUUCGACGCUUUCUGCAAGGCGAAACACACCGUGCUGUUCGCAACGGACGUGGCCGCGCGCGGUCUCGAUUUUCCGUCCGUGGACUGGGUUCUACAGGCGGACUGCCCCGAGGAUGUGCCGUGUUACAUUCACCGCGUGGGUCGAACCGCUAGAUACACCGCCGAGGGCAAAGGCCUGCUGCUGUUGACCCCCUCCGAAUCCGCGUUCGCGAAGGAACUCGCCGCGGCUAAGGUCCCGCUGAAGACCAUGAAGCUGAACCAGGCCAAGAAUCAGAAGAUAACGAGCUCCAUUCAGGGUUUGCUGGGCAAGGACACCGAGCUCAAGUACCUAGCGCAGCGGGCGGUCGUGAGCUACCUGCGAAGCAUCUACCUGCAGCCGAACAAGGACGUGUUCGACGUCAACGCACUAGACGUGGAGGCGUACGCGCACUCCAUGGGCUUACCCAACCCGCCCAGGCUCAGGUUCCUGAAGAGCCAGAAGGGCGCCGGUAAGAACGGCAAAAAAGAGGAGGAUAGCGACGAUAGCGAGGGCGACGAUAGCGAGAGCGAGGAGGCGCCCGCGCGGGCCGAGCCCCCCAGGGCCAAGGCGCGAGACGACGAUGAUUCCGACGGCGACGAGGACGACGGCGACGAGGACGACUCCGACGAGGACGACUCCGACGAGGAGGACGACAAGACCAAAUCCGCCGGCGUCCUCAAGAGGGGUAAGCUGCGGAUAAAGCAGGGCGGGCACGGCGCGAACGAGCGCGUCGUCUUCGGCGAGGACGGCGAGGCGAUGGCGCCGCUCGAGGCUCUCGGGGUCAAAUCCAGGGCCGACGGUCCCGUUCCCGACGGCGGCGAGGAGCUCGCGGCGGCGGCCAAGGCGCACUACGACAAGAUCCGCGCCGAGCGGCUCAGGGCGGACAAGGCGGACAGGCUCCGCGAGAAGGAGCGUUUGCGGGACAUUCGAAACAAGGAGCGGAUGAAGCGUCGAAAGGCGGAUGGACUGACACAGUCGGACUCGGACGACGACGGCGACGAGGAGGCGGGAGCUCGACUCGGCGGCGCGUCAGAUUCGGACGGCUCCGAGUCGGAAUCGGAAUCCGAGGAGCCGGGCAAACGACGAAAGGUGGACGUCGCCGUCGCGGGGAUGGCGACGAAAGACGAGACCGUGGAGAGCAUGGAGGAGCGCGCGCUGCGUCUGCUGCAGGGAAAAUGA